UGGCAAAGUGAGCUCAGUGGGGACGGGUAACCGUGUGGCACAGUGCGGAAACACCGCUCGCGCAGACUGUCUUUUAACUUUACAUUUUAGCGGCUGUAAACAACCAAACACAAAGUUAUUUUUUCUACUUUGUUGUACUUUUCAGAAAACUAUCCACAAACAUUUUUAAAGCGGUUAUUUUUUACAGGCAGUCCUCUUCUUCGUGCCCUUUUUUCUAGACGUGUACUUCCGCGUACCGUGUUGUGUGUUUUUUUUCCUCUUCCACUGACACACAGCAACUUUCGAACAGGAAACCCUUUAGACGCUUCGCCCGUCGUUUUUCUCCGCGUUCCAGGGGCGUGACUUGAACUCCUCUGACCCAGCCAUGAGUAUAAUCGGGGCCGAGGAUGAAGAUUUUGAGAAUGACCUCAAUGAUCCUAAUGAGGAUCAGUGUAAGCACUUUAACAGCAUUGAGCUUUUGAAGGAACGGCCAACUCACCUGCUGGUCUUCAUGCAGCAUGUCAUUCUACAGUUUGAUCCUGCUCCACUGCUGUGUUACCUUCAUGCUGAGCUCUUCAAGAAGCUCUAUGCCAAAGAUAAUUCCAAGGACAAUGCUAAGGACAAUGCCAAAGAGAUAAAGAAACAGUUUGUGGAGUUUUACAACACCUUCCUGGACAAGGGUGCAGUUCUAAGAGUGUCCAUUCCAGUCGCAAUAUCCAAUGAACUGGAUCGAACCCGAGCAGAUCUGAUUUCUGAAGACAUUCAAAAGCGUUAUGUUCAGGAGAUUCAGAGCCUGCAGAUUCCUGAAGUGAAGAAGCAACUGGAGGAUUUCAGACAUAAGCGGAUGAUGGGGAUGACCCAAAACGAAGAGGAGCUGAUUGAUGUUGAGAACCAUUAUCCCACUGACCGCGUCCCGAUGAAGAUGAAGGAGGCGUAUGUAGCUGAGACGCUGCUGGAGAAAAUGUCUGACAUGCAACCUACAAUUGUGAUGGAUGAGGAAAAGUGCCAAUCCAUCUUUGCAGCAGUGACGGCCUAUAUGAAGCACCUGGAUGUUAAAACAAGGGGAGCUGAUAGUAAGUCCAAGUCCAAAGGAAUGUUCUUCAAGAGACAAACUAAGACUAAGAAGGAAGACACCCCGAAGAAACCCAAACCGUUUUUUCCCAGCAUUCCACCCUGGAGGCCAUCCGAUCUCAAAUCAAAAACGGACGCUGAAGUACACCCAAGUCGGGAGAGUACAAAGAUCCCCGUGCCCGAGCCUCCUGCUCCUGUCACCAUCACCAAAAAGCUUUCCAUAAUUGGGAGUGGGGAGAGCAGUGAUCGCCCUGGAAACAACGGCGUCAACACCAGCUCAGAGACCUUUAAUGUGGAUGGGAAAGGUCACACAAGCAAUCGCUUGGAGCCUCCAUCCCAGUCAGAGUCGGGCGACGUGUCCCCUGUUGGGUUGACUGUUGUGCCGUGUAUUGGGGAGCCCAUCUCCCCCGUAGAUCUCCCCGCAGAAGAGCCUGUAGAGAAAGAGAGACGGAAGACAAGUAGGAAAAUUGGGCGCAGCGAGAGCGCCCGUGUGGACCGCCAGCCGUCCCGACGCCGUGGCUCUUCUCGGGCCAAACAAUCUCGCUCUCGUAGUGACGUGGACCUCCAGCCUCCCACUGCCUCGACAACACCACCCUCCCCGCUCACCCCCCAGCACCUCCAUCCUCUUGAGGGUCCCAUUCUGGCUCCAGAAAUUCCCAGCCACUCCCCCACCAGCUCCUCCCCUUCCCUGGAGGAGAUCGACCCACGCCUACAGGAGCUGGAACAGGACCCGCCCAACUGGAGGGAGGUGGCUCCUCAGGAUGCUGUGAAGAAACUCAGCAAGAAGGAAGCAAAGAGGCAGGAAGUGAUAAACGAACUGUUUGCAACAGAGCAUGCUCACGUGCGAAUGCUGAGCGUCCUGCAGACCGUCUUCUCCAAGCCUUUAGGGAGGGAGCAGCUCCUGACAGCCGAUGAGUUGGAGACCAUUUUCCCCAGCCUUGAUGAAAUCAUCGAGCUGCACUAUAACUUCUAUGAGAACCUGAAGAAGCUGCGCCUGGAGGACAACUUUAUCGUGAAAACCAUCAGUACCACAGUGCUUCAGUUGUUUGGUGGCCCAGAGGGAGAAUGGUUCCAGAAGCUAACAGCCCGGUUCUGCAGUCACCAGAAAUAUUCACUGGAGCAGAUCAAAGCCAAGAGGAAAGACCCACGCUUCAACUCCUUUAUCCUGGAGGCGGAAAGUAAACCGCAGUGCCGGAGGUUGCAGCUCAAAGACAUUAUUCCCACGGUGAUGCAGAGACUCACAAAGUAUCCAUUAUUACUGGAGAAUAUUGCAAAGAACACAGACAACCCAAUAGAGAAGAGGAGCGUCGAGAAGAGCGCAGAAUGCUGCAAGAGGAUCCUGAAUCAUGUCAAUGAGGAGGUCAAAAAAAUGGAGAACCUGUUGAUUCUGAAGGAGUAUCAGCGGAAACUGGAUACAUCAGGGCUCAAAACAAGCAAUGAUCUUUAUGCUGAAUAUAAGAAUAUCGACAUGACUCAGAGGACGAUGCUUUAUGAAGGUCCUUUAAUUUGGAAAGUCACCAGAGAGAAAGCUGUUGAUGUGCAGUGUGUGCUGCUGGGAGACAUGCUGGUUCUGCUACAGAAGCAAGAUGACAAGAUGGUCCUCAAAUGCCAGAGCAAGAGUUCCUCUACACAAGAUGGCAAACAGAUGCUAAGCCCCAUUAUUAAGCUGGACUCGGCUUUCCUCCGGGACGUAGCAACAGAUCAAAAAGCUUUCUACGUCAUAUUUGCGUGGGACAGUGGUGCUCAGAUCUACGAAUUAGUUGCUCAGACUGUUGGAGAAAAGAAAACUUGGACUGACAGAAUACAGUCAGCAGUGGAUGAUCUUAAGAAGAGCGGAGCAACCAUUAAAUUAAUGGUGCCUUCAAUUGGUGGAGGAGUUCCAUUAAGUCCCACCAUGGCAAAUGCCUCUUUGAGCCCAACUGAUAACGGAAGUUUGAAAAUCAGCGAUCAAGACAAGGACAGCUUGACGGACAACAAGUCCUCAGAUCCCAGACACAGGCUGAUGGAUUUCCUGUCAGACAAAGGCUUCGACCUGAUAGCCCAUUCCAACAGCACUCCGGAGAGGACGGCUGAUGAUGCUUUGGAUGAAGUCAGAUCACUGAAAAGACUAUUGAUCGGAAGCAUCAGUUUAUCAGAAGACUCAGAAUUGGAUGUAGAAAUGAAAGAGAAGGAAGUGGAAGAGCCCAAUCAAGAAGGAGACGUGGCCCUGCUGACAGGUAGAUUUUUGAAGCUAGAAAACACUAGCACAGACAAAAUCCCUGAAGAGGAGACUGGCUGCACUUCCAAGAGCGAAAGCCCAAAAACAAAAGAAAACGAAGAGGAGGACAAGAGCAUCAGUGCGCCCCUGGUGCUCUCCCAGGAGAGGAGUGAGGAAGUCGGCAGAAGGCUGCGCACCUUGGAGGAACAAAUAAAGAGACUGCAGACUGUAGAAGAGGAGCACCACAAACUGCAGGAGGCCCUUUCUAAGUUCUCUCUAGAAAGGGGCAACUUUUAAGCAAGGCGACUUUGCUCCUCCAGGUUUCCACUGGUUCCGGUUUGGACCGACUGGCUUUCAGAGAGUUUCCUGCAGAUAAACUUUCAUUUGCCCUCGCAGAGCUUGGCUGGAUCCUUUUUGCUUUCAUUUCUUUCACGGUUUCUUUUAGCCCAAAUUCUGCUUUGAUUCCAGCAGUUUUGUGCACAGUGCAGUGGUUCAGUAAUAGAACAUUGGCACUGCGUGAAAAUUUGCAAGCACAAUAUACAAAAAAUAAAAAAUCUUUUCAUUGGAAUAUUUUUUUUUUUUAGAGAGAUGAUGCAAAAAGCAUUGAGGCAAUAUUUUGGUGUGAGUCACAGCCUAUUAAAUUGUAAUAACUGCAUUCUGCUGUAACACACAAAUGCACAUCAAGACAUGCAAGCUGUAAAGUGGUUUUCAGAAAUGCCAAAAAAAUAAUAACAUUGUACAGUAAGUGAUUAAGCCUUAAUAAUUUUAUGUAGAAAUAGAUGUAUUGAGAAACGAUUGCUGAUAUCUAUCUAUAUAUAUUGUUCCUUUUAUCUAUGCCAAAGUACAGGAGGGAUGCACUUUUUUUCCUGAUCGAACACGUUGAGAACACACAGGAUUUUGUUUUCCCGUUUGUGUGACUUCGACUCUCUAUUUUCAAACGGUUUUUGAUCAGUCGGGCUUCAGAAAACAGCCCUCUUAUUUGCAGAGAUGCAUGCCAGCGAGUGUGUAUUCGUGCAACAAGGAAGGACCUUUUCGCUUUGAUAGAUUUGCUUGUUAUUAUGGCUCACGAAAAGGCAUUUCUAAAUAGUGAAACUAUAGACAAUCACGCUGUUGAUAUCGGAGGCUCGUUUGUAUGUAUAGCUUUUAUUGUUUAUUCCUCUGAGUCUUAUUAGGUCAGUGGGUUGCCUCAUGUGAGUGAGACUGUUACAACACUGGGCUGGAAUGGAAAGCAGAAGAAAUCCUGGGAUAUUUGAUGGAGGUUUGGUGAUUUUAGGGGAGUUGUUUUUGGUUUCGACAGCUUCAACUAGAUAGUCAUGAGAGUGCUGUGCAGACUCUCUGCCCUUUUCUACAAAAAUUCCUGCAGUGUUACCUUUUCCCAGAGAGUUUUCAAUUGCUAAUCCUGAUUUGAGUACAUAAACUGACUUGUGUCUUUGGAAGUUUUCAUCGGUAAUGACAAAAGCACCUUCCCUGGUAGCACUACUCAGUAUAAAAUUUAGCUUUUUCUUGCAUUUUCCUGAGCGGUUGCUUAUAAUUUUCAUUUUUGUGGUAAAAUAAAAUGAUCACUGAGGCUGUAAACCAGGACCAAAUGCAUAGAGAUCAUCAUUGGAGCUACAAGAAACUCAAACCAAAACUCUUUUUGGACGAAGAUUAAAAUAAGGAUAACUGAGAGUUAGUGAAAGGGGAUUGAAUAAAAAACUAAAGAGCAAACCUCAAGCUGGACUCAUGGGACCUGAACCUUCAAUACAGGGAAAUGGAAAAGAGGAGGAAGGAAGGAAAGCAGUGGACGAAUGCUCCUCUUUUUGGCAUUGAGAUCAGCAUCACUACCUUUAUGUGCAUUUACAUUGUUGUUGCAGAAAAUUCCACCCCAUGAACCUACUGAACUGCAGUGUUUUUUUUUAUUAAAUCAUAAGGUUGUUUUGGAACAUUACUGCCAUUCUUUUCUUCCUGAUAAAACUGUACGUGCCAUUGUUAUCUUGUAGAAAACAGCAGCUGUCUCUCCUGCUGUUCUUCCAAUCAUGAUUUUGUUUCUUCAUUUGAUUUUCUUAUGCAACUUAGGGAAGUUUGAUGUGAUAUUUUAUAGAGAGGCUUUGCAGAGAUGUAUUAUAUGUUUGCCAAUUAUGUGAAAUAAACUUUAAUGAAUGAACUUACCUGCCAUGCAUAUGUGUAGCCACAAUAGAUUCUACUAUGCACUCAAGCUCAAUAGCACAUUUGUGGGAUGCAUUUAUAACUCGUGUCAAUGUAGAUGCUGAUGAAAGUCAAACCCCCCUUUGAGCUUUAUUGACUUAUGACCAUUUUAGGCACUUCCUGUUUUCCUUGUAUUCUAUAUAGGAUGUAUUGAUUUCCCCCCCCCUUGUUUUUCUUUUAAAGGUGUGUUUUUAGGGCUUUUAUUUGCUUUACAUUUGGUUGUCUUGGUAGAUUUUUAUGGACCGGUGUCAUGCAGUUGAUUAAAAAGAGGCAAGAAUUCCCCCCUUUAUUAUAAAACAUUAUAUCCUCUGUGAUGAUGACCUACUUUGUUGUUCUGUUGAUUAAACUCCACCUCUUUUCCGUCUCCAUUUUUAUCAGCCUCAUUGAAACUUUGAUUACCAUUUAGGAAGAAAAGAAAAAAAAAAGUAGCCUCUGACUUCUUUGUUUUUAUUUUUCUAAAUGAAUAUUCAAGAACUAUUUUGUGUAUUUGGUGUGGAAAUUCAUUAUGUAAGAGGCUCUAAAAUGAUGUAUACCGAAGAAAAAUUUGUGGUACUUUUUAAUUUUUUUUUUAAUAAACUGGGGACAUUCAUA